AUGAACAAAUUACGGCAAAGUUUUAGGAGAAAGAAAGAUGUUUAUGUUCCUGAGGCUAGUCGCCCACAUCAGUGGCAAACAGAUGAAGAGGGUGUUCGCACUGGAAAAUGUAGUUUUCCAGUUAAGUACCUGGGCCAUGUAGAAGUUGACGAAUCAAGAGGAAUGCACAUUUGUGAAGAUGCUGUAAAGAGACUGAAAGCUGAAAGGAAGUUCUUCAAAGGCUUCUUUGGAAAAACUGGAAAGAAGGCCGUGAAAGCAGUCCUGUGGGUUUCAGCAGAUGGACUCCGAGUUGUCGAUGAAAAAACCAAGGACCUCAUCGUUGACCAGACAAUAGAGAAAGUUUCUUUCUGUGCCCCAGACAGGAACUUUGAUAGGGCUUUCUCGUAUAUUUGUCGGGAUGGCACCACACGACGCUGGAUUUGCCAUUGCUUCAUGGCUGUUAAGGACACAGGAGAGAGACUGAGCCACGCAGUGGGUUGUGCUUUUGCCGCAUGCCUGGAACGGAAACAGAAGCGGGAGAAGGAGUGUGGCGUGACGGCCACCUUUGAUGCCAGCCGGACCACCUUUACCAGGGAGGGCUCCUUCCGCGUCGCCACGGCCACCGAGCAGGCAGAAAGAGAGGAGGUCAUGAGGCAGAUGCAGGACACAAAGAAAGCUGAAACAGAUAUGAAGACUACAGCAGCUUCCUCAGCAAUACCCAGUAACACCGCCCCGUCCCCAUCUUCUCCCACCUCCCCAACGGCCGACACCGCCGCCUCCCUGGAGAUGAACAACCCCCACGCCAUCCCUCGGCGUCACGCACCGAUCGAGCAGCUUGCCAGACAAGGUUCUUUCCGAGGCUUUCCUGCCCUUAGUCAGAAGAUGUCGCCUUUUAAACGCCAGCUGUCCCUGCGCAUCAAUGAGUUACCUUCCACUAUGCAAAGGAAGACUGAUUUCCCCAUCAAAAACGCAGUGCCAGAGGUAGAAGGGGAAGCAGAGAGCAUUAGUUCCUUGUGCUCACAGAUCACUAAUGCCUUCAGCACCCCCGAGGACCCCUUCUCAUCUGCCCCAAUGACCAAGCCCAUGACGGUGGUGGCACCGCAGUCCCCUGCCUUUCAAGCUAAUGGCACUGACCCUGCCUUCCAUGUGUUUGCUGCUAAGCCAGCCCAAACUGCUCUAGCACCCACAGCAAUGCCUGUUCGUGAAACCAACCCCUGGGCCCAUGCCCCUCCUGCUGCUAACAAGGAAGUUGCAGCUACACAUUCGGGCACAGAAUGGGGUCCCUCACCUGGAGCAGCCUCACCAGGGAUCUUUCAAGCUGGUCACCGGCGCACGCCUUCCGAAGCUGACCGUUGGUUGGAAGAGGUUUCCAAGACAGUUAGGGCCCAGCAGCCCCAGGCUCCUGCUGCCCCGCUGCAGCCAAUUCUCCAGCCUCCUCCACCCCCAGCUCUCUCCCAGCCAGCACCAUCUUUCCAAGGAAAUGCUUUCACUGCCUCUCCACCUGUGCCAGUGGGUGUAGUCCCACCAAUCCAGCCAGCAUUUGUUCCUGCCCAACCCUACCCUAUAGCCAAUGGGAUGCCCUAUCCAUCCUCAAAUGUGCCUGUGGUCGGCAUCACCCCCUCACAAAUGGUGGCCAAUGUGUUUGGCACUGCAGGCCACGCCCAGGCAAAUCACCCCCAUCAAUCACCCAGCCUGGUCAGACAGCAGACAUUCCCUCAGUAUGAGAUGAGCAGCGCCAUCACCAGCCCCUUCUUUACAGCCUCUGCCCAACACCUCAACGGUUCUGCAGCUUUCAAUGGUGUGGACAAUAGCAAGUUGGCUUCAGGGGACAAGCCAUUGGAGGCUUCUGCUACUGCUGACCCAGUGGAUCCUUUUGAAGCUCAGUGGGCUGCAUUAGAAGGCAAGGCGAAACAGCGCACUAACCCCUCACCGACCAAUCCUUUCUCCAGUGACUUACAGAAGACAUUUGAGAUUGAACUUUAAGCAGCCCCUGGGGCUCAUGCACAGGGCCUGCCAUUUAGGUGAGGGAAGAGGGGUAAAGGAGCAAAGGGGACUUUCUUUUUCUGAUCAGCACACUUUUUGGUAAUCCCAAAGGCCCUAUGGAACAAAUUGGGGCACACAGCGCAGGAAGGAAUAUGAUUUUUAAGAAAAAUCACUUUAAAAAAUCCCAACAGAUGACCUGCCCUGCAUUUAGAAUAAAGGAGUCAUGGAAGCGUGCCCUUCCCAUGCCUCUCCCUCUUUAUCGCACCUAUCCUGGAGAAACAGUGGCCGAAGAGAAGGAGCAGAAAGCUGUACCAGAAGCACAUUUGUAGGAUGGAGAACGUGAGGGAAAGUAAAUAAGAUCUGCCUUUGUUUUUCAGUACAUCUGCCUGCCUCCGUUUGAGCACCUCAUGGGCAAAGGAAUGUAGUCUACUCCCAGCCUGAGGAGAGGAGAAGGAAGAGCAGGGUGUGCUGCCUGCCAGGAUUAAGGAGUAGGGGGAGGAAGCAUCAGAGCCCAGCACAGCUGUCCUUUGGGGGGGAAGGUGAGCUUCCACCUUAAGUAACAAUGAAUAUUAUAUAUAUAUAUAAAUAUAUUACAAAAAAGCCAAAAUUUUUAUUUUUAUGCAUUUAGAAUAUUUUAAAUAGUUCAAUAUUAAAAAGUUGUAAGAGUUGUAAGUAAUCUUGCCAAAGGGAAAAGAAGGUUAGCUGUAAGAAAUUGUAUAUAAGAUUGAUUUAUCAUUGAUUCCUAUCAAAAGUAACCAGAGAAGGAAGGUUAGAGGGUGUGACGAAGGGGGUUCCUAACUUGUUCUUUAGCAUUCGUUGUAAGUAGCACAUUGCAACAACAAUCAUGAGUCGUGACUAAUAAAGUUCCUAGAUGGUAGAAUUAAAUAAAGAUGAUGAAAGAGCAGUAUUUUCCUGGCUUUCAAACGACUGCAAAAUUCUAUUGGAUCUAAAAUAUAUAUAAAUAUAUGUACACAUGUGUGUAUACAUAUGCGCAUGUGUGUAUAUAUAUAUAUAUAUAUAUAUACACACACACCGUCUUUUUUCCUUUAUGUAUUCAUGCUCUUUCCUUGUGUUGAUCCUUUUCUUGCUUUUAACACUCCUGAGACAGUCACAGAAUCAUCUUCACAAGGCAGUGUCUGGGGCUGUGUUUUCCCAGGUGGCCCCAUGACCCCAGCUCUCAGCUGUUGCUUUUCUUCUCCGUCUUUGGUGAAAGUUUGUGGAGGGGAGAGAUCCUGCUUCCUUUCGCUUUUUGUGGUUUUUGUUUUUUACCCUCAUCUGUUUUGAUUAAUGAAAAGCCCAUUGCCAGCUAUACCUGUUGGACCUCUGGUAACAAUACAAAAUCCCAUCUCAUUUAAUUUUACUUUUAAAUGUUGGCCUUACAAAUCAAAUGUAAGUUAUAUAUAUAUGCAUAUAUAUAUAUAUAUAUUUGUACUGAUGACAAUUUAUAAUCUGCUUUAACAGAAAUAAAUGUUGGUGGUAAGAAACUGUUGCCAGUGGAACUGUUCUUUCCCUAUUUCUUCUCUAGCAACAUCUGUCCAUUUGCCUCCUGUUUUCUUUUCUGGCUAUUUAUGUCCUGAGCCUUACUUAACAACCCUAUAAACCCUCAUGAUACUGUGGGCAGAAAAUAUGUUUUACUGGGGACCAUUUAGGGUUCAUAGCCUAGUAACACAGGCCUGUCCCGGACCCCUCUCUCAAUGGGAUUUUUCAGUCAGAUGUUAAACUCUUUCACAUGUAACUAGGGAUAAGCCUAGCUGCUUGUUAACUCUGCUCCUGGUGGUGUCCCAGGUUAAAGAAUCUGAUAACUAAAUGUUGUCCCUGGCAUCAGGCCUAAAUAGAGGAGAUGUAUGUUGAAACAUCUGUAAGAAAUGUGGUAGAAAUCUGGAAAAGUCAGAAAGUCCUCUCGCUUGUCCUGCUUGGCAGAUGCUCUGCCUAAUUUCAGUGGCAAUGGAGACAAAAAUAACUGAAUAACUUUGUGUAAGAUUGCUAGUGUUGGCCUAAUAGACAAAUAAGCAUAAGAAAACAGACUUUAUUUUCCAAUUUCUGCAGCAUCCAUGAAAAUGAAAAGAAACUUUGAUAAUGCCUAAUAAUAUUUUUAAAGUAAAAAUGUCUUUCCCACAGAGCUCCCUGGAAUGGGAGGGAGGGGUAGACUGAGAAAUAGUCAGCCUUGGUGAAGUUGGUUCCAUUUCCAACCAGUGCCCAGCUAUGCCAAUAUAGGAAGACACCAUCCCAAAGGAGAGCCAUUUUUUUCAAAGCCACACCACAUCCAAGGCUUGUAUUUCCGUUUGGAGACAACUUUAGAGGUGUUCUGCCAAUUCUG